CAAGUAACAAAAUUACGACAUCUUUUUAAAGAAUAUUCCGUUAUACUUGGAAUCACCCCCGCAAUUUUUAAAAGAAAAGAAACGUAGCCCAUUGACUCACGCACAAAAAAGAGAAGGGUGUAAUAAAAACGGACAGGAUUCUGAUAGGAAAAAAAAUAAAAACAUUUACAUCCUUGAAUACCUCAAUUGAGCCAAGUCUGUGUUAUUAUUUAGUUUCUGUUUCGCCAACGCCAUACGUGAGUAAUAGUGGUAAGACCGGCUAAGUUAAGAACUUGGCGAUGGUAGGUAGUUAAAGUUAGAUUCGGUGACAACCGACUAAGCGCAUUUUUAUGACUUUUCUUGAGAUUGUGUUGAGUUGUUAAGUGACUGGAUAUAAAAUUAACAAUGGAUGAAAGUAGCGAUAGGGAAGAUGGAGACAGUGUUUUUGAAGAGGAUGAAUUGCAGAAAGAUAAGCCUCCGCCUUCUGAAUGUGAUUCUGGAAUUGAAGUCGCUCCUUAUAAAAUAGGGCGUAAGGAAUGGGAAGAGCUAUAUAUUGCCGUUUUAUACACCAUCAAGCACAAGCUUGGUGCAAACAGCAGUGGAUACUCCGUGUACGCCGAGGAUCUUUAUGAGUACGCACAGGAAGCAUUUUGCAUGUCUGAUAACGACCACAAGAGGUUUCUCAGCAUUGCUCAAGACGAGAAGCCUCCUAUACUUGUUGUAAAUGUUACUGUGGUAGAAGCUCAAGGCUUAGAAGCUAAAGAUCCAAACGGCUUUAGUGAUCCGUAUUGUAUGCUGGGUAUCCAACCAGCUAACACUCUAGAAAGAAGAAACAGUUCCGAUGAUGAAUUCGGAACUGGAAGUAUAAAAGGAAGUCCUAGAAGGCAGGGUGGCCUUAAAAAAUUGGGGGCUUCCCUGAAAAGAAAAGACAGGAUACGCAGCAACAGCAUAUCCGAAACGCUGCCAGCCAAAUUCAUCAGGACAACUUCAGUGAAACCACAGACACUGAACCCACGUUGGAACGAACAAUUUAGAUUAGACAUAGAAGAUAUCAGAACGGAUAGACUACAUUUAGAUAUUUGGGAUCAUGAUGAUGAAUCAUCUGUCUUCGACGCCGCUAGAAAAUUAAAUGAAGUUUCUAGUUUAAAAGGUUUAGGAAGGUAUUUCAAACAAAUCGCACAAUCUGCUCGCACAAGCACCGGAGAGAAUAUUGAUGACUUUUUAGGCUGUGUCAAUAUUCGCUGUGAGGAUAUCCCGUCCUCGGGGCUUGAUCGUUGGUUCUGCCUUGAGGGGAGAACUGAGCGAUCGAGUGUUCAAGGGCAGAUACGACUGAAGAUUUCACUGAGUACACGAGAAGACAAAGACAGUGCAGGGGAGGAUGACAAUUGGAAGGAGGUAGUCGAGCAUCAAGAGCUUUUAUGGGUGUUCAUUCAACAUGAGCUAAAACAACAUUUUGGACCAAGCUAUGAGUGGGCCGGUGACUUGCCUCAACCAGCGUUGACUAUAUUGCAUCAACAUGCUAUCCAGGGAGAUAUUACAGAGCUUCAGCAGACUUUAUGUCGUUGGACCAUGUACAGUAAGCAACACAUGGAAGUGCCUCUGGACUAUGCCUUACUGUAUCAACUACUGGAUGACCUUAGCAAAGCUUGGGGAGAACAGGAGAAUCCACUCUCCAGGGAUGAGGAAGCAUCUCUCGCUGAGUCUUUCAAUAUAUUUUUGGAUUUCUCUCUUAAAUUGAUGCAGAAGCAUCGAGAUCUAUUUCCUCCUGGAAACACAUUAGCACAGCAUAAGCUCACACAUUUGCUCAAAUGCCUGUCAACUUUACACAAUUUAAAAGCUUUCCGGUGGUGCUGCCCAUUUAGACAUGAUCUUCACGUGGAAAUAAUUACUAGCAUAAGAAAAGGAACUCUUGAUUGGUUUAAUGUUCAAGUUGCAAAUGCGGAAGCUUUACAGAGAAAAGAAUCUACUUCCAAAUGGCCACUGAAGCGCUUGAUAGACCUAAUAAAUGUGCUUAAUACAGACGUCUACAAAGGUUACGUCUAUUACAAUGAAGAAUUUGAAAGUAUUGCUGGUGUAUCGUAUUCAAUAGUUGUUUAUAAGCAAUUAGAAAAAAUGGUGGGAGAUAUUAUAGGUUGCAAAAUACAGGAUGCAUGCAGUACUGUAGAUGCUGAACCUGAUGAUAAAAUUGAUUCUGAUUAUAUGGUGCAAACAACAGCUAUGUUUGAAUUAUAUAUGGCUCUUCAAGAGUUUAUCAAAUUCAAAGAUAACAUACCAUCUGAUGAGAGAAAGAAUUUAACAUUGGUUAACUAUCACCUAUGGUUUAAAGAUGCAGUUAACCACUGGUUCGUUGUUGCUUCAACUAAAUCUCUGAUUCGGAUUAAAAAAGCUGUUGAGUUAGACAAGAUUGCUUUCAUUGACAAUUACGUGAAACACAGUACUUCAGCGGUUGAUACAGCUACAUGCUUUGUACAGAUUAAGGAAUUUUGGAGGCAGCUGUCAUGGCCUGACCCAGCGGGAUCGUUUACGUUUGUUAUGAAAGUAAUUGAGAUUAUUUGUGAAGGAACAAUUUACUAUGCUAAACUGUGUCAGCAAAGACUUCAGAAGACAACAGAGACCGAAGGUCAAACUGAAUCCAAUGAAAAACUUUGUAUAACAAUCAACAACAUGGAAUAUGUUCUUCAAACGCUGAGGCCUUUGGAAGAAGAACUUGGAGUUGAACAGAUCAUCAAGGCCCUUAAUGUAAAUCAAGGAGGAUGCACAGCCAAUCAGUGCCGCGAAUCAAUCUAUGAUUUAAUAAAUAAAACUGAAGACGAUGUUACUGGAAAAAUAUUUAACAUAAUUUGUGGAAUGGUUGAAAAGCUACGUCCAGACAUGAAGAAAUUUGUAUUUCAUCUUGCAUGGGCACCAGAAAAAUUAGAUGCUGAAAAUGCUAUUCGCCCCUUACUUGAAAAUUUAGACACGACAUUGCGGGCGCUCUAUAAUAAUCUCCUUCAGGCCAACUUCGAUCGCCUUCUCGAUAUGAUGUGGACUGUACUAAUGCAUGAGCUGAUGGAAACUACUCAAAGUAACAUUGGUAAAGAGAAACUUGCUUUUUUUGAUCGCUUACAUUCAUCUUUAGCGAUUUUAGUAGAUUUCUUCCAUGGCAGUGGAAAAGGACUUCCUCUAGACUGUAUCCAAAAUGCUCCCUAUCAGGAUCUCUUUCAUAUGCUUAAACUUCAAAAGUCAGAAACUCUACACCUAAUCGAACUAUACAUUUUACAGAGAUUAGAAGAACAGCAAAAAGUCGAAAAGCCAACAUACGGUAUUCUAACAAUAAAAACUUCCUAUAACGCUGGAGCCGAAAGUUUAUACAUUGAUAUUUUAAAUGCUAGAGAUCUUUUGCCAUUGGAUCCAACAGGUUUCAGUGAUCCAUUUGUGAUUAUAGAGCUUGUGCCUCGGCACUUUUUCCCUAACUGUGUUAAACAAAGAACAAAAGUCCAAAAGAAAACUCUAUUUCCAUUAUUUGAUGAAGCUUUUGAAUUUAGGAUACCUUAUGAGCUAUUGCACCGAGAGGGUGCAGGCCUGUGCUUCAGUGUCAUGGAUCACGACAUGGUGACUAAAAAUGAUUUUGAAGGUGAAGCUUUUUUACCUCUGUGCAACAUAACUGAAUCUUCUCCAGAAGAAAUGAAGGAUAUGCGACCCACUGAACUUUGUCUCAUUCAUCCAAAUGAUAAAAAUGAAAUUCUUGUAGCUCUAGCGGCAAGAACAUGGGACAAAGAUGCUCAAGACUUCGUGAAGAAUCUUAAGCAUAGACGAAAAAGAGCUGAAACAGAAGAGGAUGUAGCAGCUGUAGAAGAAGAAUAGCAAUAACUCGAAAUAUAUUACGCCAAAAAUUUUCCUCAAAAUUGUCAGCAUAAAACUUAUUGCUAAUUUCGCUUACUAACACAAUCGAACUAACUCAAUUUAGAAAUUAAUUCAAAAUUAUUCAGCUAACCGUGCUAGAGUAUAAAAUAUUUACUGCUUAGUGCAAUUGAAUUAGCUUGAUUAUUCGCUAAACUUCUAACUUUCUUAACAAACAAUAUCCUUAUUUCUAUUAUAAAAGAAAGAAAUUAAAAGAGUAUGCUACUAAAUAAUAAUGUUCUUAAAAACACAAAAACUUUUCAAAUUAUUUUCAGCAAUACAUUAUUAUUUUAUAUAACUGCUAAUACGUCUAGAAAUUUAAAUAUAUUAUUUAUUCCUGUUUUUUCAGAAUGAAUCGAUAUAUUAAUUAACUAAUUGCACUAAAAUAUUAACUGCUCAACGCACUGAAACUAGAUAAAUUAUUAAAAAAAACUUCGGCAAUGCUUUGCUAAUAAUUUUUUUUUAUUUAAUUUAAAAGAGACAGAAACUAAUUUUAUCAAUCACCCUUUAAGGCAUGAAAACCGUACGAACUAUUUUCGGCUACGCAUUAUCCAUUUACAUAAUUAAUAAUAAAUUUAAGCGUUGAAAGACCUUAUUCUAUUUUAAAUAUAAAUUAAUUCCAAAUACUUUAGCUAUUUCUGUUAAUAAGGUAUAAAAUAUUAACUGCUUAACGGUAUAAAUUAGCUGAAUCAUUCUCUAAAUUAUUUUUAUACUUUUAAAUUGCUUUACUAACAUUUUUUAUUUCUCUUAGAAGAUAGAACAGCAACAACUUAGGUAAACUUUGCUAAUAGAGAUUAAGAAAACGAUUGCAAUUUGUAUUGUCUUCCAGCACAACAGCUCAUUCAAAAUCAUUAAUUAAUCAAAAGCCGCACCAAUUAUUUUUGACUAUACUUAACUGAAAUAAAAAAUUAACAAUAAAUAUAGAAAUUAAAAUACUUAUUUUUUUUCUACAAUAUGGAUCAAGAGGUUCUAGAAUGCUAUGUGACUUUUUAAUUUCACCUUGACAUUGCUAGAACUGGCUGGAGUUAGAGCUUGUGAUAGAGAUAAUUUGUAACGUUUAAUUAUAAAUGAAUACCUCACUGCCAAUGGCUUUUGCUUUUUAUUAUUUAUUUAAAAACAAAUUCUGCAUUAGUGUAUAUUUAUUACCAAAAGCUGAAAAACAAGGCCUAUUGUCCUUAAAUUGUUAUGAGAUUAUUUAAAUAUAGAACUCUUUGUAAAAAAGGACACUUUUUGAAUAGUCGGUAGUAUUCCAAUCUUACAAAAAGAGAACUAUUUUUCGCCAAUGUAUAACUCAAUAGAUACAAAAUUGUCAUAUCUAAAAAGAAUUGAGUAGUUUAAGUUGCAUUUGGAAGCAUUUAUUUAUUUUUUAAGAUAAAUAUACUAAGGGCAAAGAAGUUAAGUGCUACAGCAAGCUAUAAUUAAAUAAAUUAAGUACUUUGAUUUACUUUGGAUUAAAUAAAUUCACAUUCUUCUAAAAAUAAUCUGCAGCGAUUCUGCAGCAGUUAGUGCAGUGAACUACGCUAAUUUAACUGCAUAGAUUUGAAUAAAAUGUUAAUAUUUUUUGAACCUAAUGUAAUGACAUUGUUGAAUAUUUUAAUAUAAUACUGUUUUAUGAUAAUACUGUCUCAUAUAAUGCAAAUAAAAAUUAUAUUUGCUAGUUUAGCGAAUAAAUUGAAAAAUAAUAGAACUUUUUACGACCUAAUAUAUAUUUACCAAAAUCUUAUUUACAUUGUUUCUAUAGGGAACAAAAUAUAAAGAUUAGCUUAUAUAUAAAAAUAGUUAUCACUACGUCACUAAUUAAAAAGUAUAUAAAUUCUGAUAGUUUAUAAUGAUGUAGUUUAAAAACUUGAUAUUGUUUCUAUUAAUCUAUAGUUAAAAUAUUAAAUAUCUGUUCCAAUUCUUGUAGCAAAAGAUAACUUUCGGCUUCAAAUGUAAGUUAAAAUGACGUUUAAUGAAAAAAUACUUGUUUAUCAGUUCAAGUAUUUGACGUCGCCGAUACGAACUUUUCACUAAAGAAACGUAUUCUUUAAUAUAAUAAUUGGGCUGUGAGUUACAAUAUUUCAUUA